AUGGCCGACCACGCGAAGGAGAGCUCGAUGGCUCUCGAGGUGCAGCAUGGCGACUCGAGCAUUCGCUUCUGUGAGGGCCGCAGCUUUGGUGCCCACCGCAGCGUUGCCGGCGAGCUGGUCUUUCAGACUGGCAUGGUCGGCUACCCCGAGUCCAUCACUGAUCCCUCCUACCGCGGCCAGAUCCUAGUCAUCACCUUCCCGCUCGUGGGUAACUAUGGUGUCCCCAGUCGCGAGGAUCGCGACCCACUGCUGAAAGAUCUCCCCGCUCACUUCGAGGCCUCUGAGAUCCACAUUGCGGGUCUCAUUGUGGCCUCGUACUGCGGCGAGGACUACUCGCACCACUUGGCCAGCUCUUCAUUGGGUACCUGGCUGAAGGAGCAGAAUGUGCCCGCCAUCUGCGGAGUCGACACGCGCGCGCUCACGAAGAAGAUCCGUGAGCAGGGUAGCAUGCUUGGCAGACUGCGGAUGCAGACCGGCACGAGGCACAUCGCCAAUCCUAUGGUAGCCGCCAGCGGUAUUGCUACCCCCAAUGGUGCUUCGACUCCGGCAUUGACCCCGGCCGCGCCAAACCUUGCCGCGGUCAACAACGCAUUGGUCCCCAAUGGCAACGGGUACUUUCGCGGUGCGACGAAGGAGGUGGCAGUCUACGAGGACAUUCCAUUCUCCGACCCAAACACCAAGAACCUGGUUGUCGACGUUUCAACCCCCAAAACGAAGAUUUACACCCCACCUGCGUCCGUUGCGUUGAGUCACCCAUCAGGUAGACCCGUGCGUGUUUUGUGCGUCGAUGUAGGCCUCAAGUUCAGUCAAUUGCGUUGCCUUGUCUCGCGAGGAGUGGAGGUGGAGGUUGUGCCAUGGGACUACAAUUUCCCCGAGUUGGCAGGAAAAGACUACGAUGGCCUGUUUAUCUCCAACGGACCCGGAGAUCCAGCUGUCAUGCAGGAGACGGUCAAGCAUAUCAAACAGACCAUGGACGAGGCCCGCGUGCCCAUCUUUGGAAUCUGUCUCGGACACCAGCUUCUCGCCCGUGCAGCCGGCGCCGACACCGUGAAGAUGAAGUUUGGCAACCGUGGACACAACAUUCCCUGCACGAGCAUGCUGUCUGGAAAGUGUUACAUCACGUCGCAGAACCAUGGAUACGCCGUCAAUGCUGAUACGCUUCCUAAAGACUGGAGCGAGCUCUUCGUCAACGCCAACGACCACAGCAAUGAAGGUAUCCGCCACACCAGCCGUCCAUACUUCAGCGUGCAAUUCCACCCUGAGAGCGCUCCUGGUCCACGAGACACCGAAUUCUUGUUCGAUGUCUUUAUCAGCACCAUUCUCAACACCCUCAAGGACGCAACCCUGAUGCAGAGCCCCGUGGUCUUCCCCGGCGGCGAUGCUGCUGAGAACGCUGCGAAGAACCCCAGAAUCAACCCGAAGAAGGUUUUGGUACUUGGAAGUGGUGGUCUCAGUAUUGGCCAGGCAGGAGAGUUCGAUUACUCCGGCAGUCAGGCCAUCAAGGCUCUCAAGGAAGAAGGCAUCUACRCUAUUCUGAUCAACCCCAACAUUGCCACCAUUCAGACGUCCAAGGGAUUAGCAGACAAGGUCUACUUUCUGCCGGUCAACGCCGAGUUCGUUCGGAAGGUCAUCAAACACGAGCGCCCCGAUGCCAUCUAUGUUACAUUUGGUGGUCAGACUGCCCUGCAGGUUGGUAUCCAGCUCAAAGAUGAGUUCGAGGAACUUGGCGUCAAGGUUCUCGGCACUCCCAUCGAUACCAUCAUCACGACCGAGGACCGUGAACUCUUUGCCCGCAGCAUGGAGUCUAUUGGCGCUCCAUGCGCCAAGUCCAAAUCGGCCAACAACUUCGAUGAGGCAAUGGCUGCUGUCGACCAGAUUGGGUACCCUGUUAUCAUCCGUGCUGCCUACGCAUUGGGAGGACUCGGAAGUGGCUUCGCCGAGAWCAAGGAGGAAUUCGUCGAUCUCUGUCACAAGGCGUUCGCGGCUAGCCCUCAGAUUCUCAUCGAACGCAGUAUGAAGGGAUGGAAGGAAGUCGAAUAUGAGGUGGUCCGCGACGCGCACGACAACUGCAUCACUGUGUGCAACAUGGAAAACUUCGAUCCUCUGGGCAUCCACACCGGCGACUCCAUUGUCAUUGCACCUUCUCAAACGCUCUCCGACGAAGACUAUAACAUGCUGCGAACCACCGCCGUGCGCGUUAUCCGGCACUUGGGGGUUGUCGGCGAGUGCAACAUUCAGUAUGCGCUCAAUCCAGACAGCCGGGAAUACUGCAUCAUMGAGGUCAACGCUCGUCUCUCACGAUCUUCGGCACUAGCUUCUAAGGCAACUGGCUACCCACUUGCCUUUGUCGCGGCCAAGCUUGGUCUGAAUAUCGCGCUGAACGACAUCAAGAAUACCGUCACAAAGGUCACCUGCGCAUGCUUUGAACCGUCACUGGACUAUGUCGUCGUCAAGAUUCCUCGAUGGGAUUUGAAAAAGUUCACUAGAGUUUCCACCCUCCUUGGAUCCGCUAUGAAGAGUGUGGGUGAAGUGAUGAGCAUCGGCAGGACAUUCGAAGAAGCCAUCCAGAAGGCUAUUCGCUCCGUUGACCCCAGCAACCUUGGCUUCAACGAGACCCCCGCUCUCAUGUCCAUUGAUAUCGACACCGAACUCCAGACGCCAUCUGAUCAGCGCAUGUUUGCUCUCGCCAACGCCAUGCACGCUGGGUACAGUGUUGACAAGAUCUGGGAGAUGACAAAGAUUGACAAGUGGUUCUUGAGGAAGCUCAAGAGCCUCAGCGACUUCGGCAAGCUCAUGUCUGGAUACUAUGUUGACAACGUCUCCAUGGCGCAUUUCCGUAAUGCCAAAGAGAUGGGAUUCUCCGACAAGCAACUGGCAUUGUUCUGGGACAGCAACGAGCAACAUGUGCGUCGCACUCGCGUUGAGGCUGGCAUUACCCCCUUCGUGAAGCAGAUCGACACUGUCGCUGCCGAGUUCCCAGCUCACACCAACUACCUUUACCUCACCUACAACGGCAGCGAGCACGACAUCACCUUUGAGGACAAGGGCGUCAUGGUCCUGGGCUCCGGUGUCUACCGCAUUGGAUCGUCGGUCGAAUUUGAUUGGUGCUCUGUCCGUGCCGUGCGCACGCUUCGUGAAAAUGGAUACAAGACUGUUAUGGUCAACUAUAACCCGGAAACGGUAAGCACCGAUUACGAUGAGGCUGAUCGCCUGUACUUUGAGAACAUCACUCUGGAGACUGUUCUUGACAUCUACCAGCUGGAGCAGUCCAGCGGUGUUAUCUUAUCCAUGGGCGGCCAGACUCCCAACAACAUCUCCCUUCCUCUGUACAGAGCCAACGUUAAGAUCCUUGGUACAUCGCCAGAGAUGAUUGACACUGCCGAGAACCGUUACAAGUUCUCCCGCAUGUUGGACAGACUUGGCGUGGAUCAACCGCAGUGGAAGGAACUCACGAGCAUCGAAGAGGCCAAGAUCUUCUGCAACAAAGUGAAGUACCCUGUGCUUGUUCGACCAUCGUACGUGCUCUCCGGAGCUGCGAUGAACACUGUGUACUCGGAGCACGACCUCAAGGCAUAUCUCAACCAGGCUGCUGAGGUAUCGAAAGACUACCCAGUCGUCAUUACGAAAUACAUUGAAAACGCCAAGGAGAUCGAAAUGGACGCUGUCGCACGCAAUGGUACCAUGAUUGGACACUUCGUCUCCGAGCAUGUCGAAAACGCCGGUGUGCACUCCGGAGACGCCACACUCAUCUUGCCCCCACAGGAUCUGGACCCAGAGACUGUUCGUAGGAUCGAGGACGCCACACGCAAAAUCGGCGAUGCACUCAAUGUCACCGGGCCGUACAACAUCCAGUUCAUUGCAAAGGACAAUGAGAUCAAGGUCAUUGAGUGUAACGUGCGAGCAUCUCGUUCGUUCCCAUUCGUGUCCAAGGUCAUGGGCGUGGACCUUAUCGCAAUGGCUACCAAGGCCAUGGCUGGUCUACCAGUCACCGCAUACCCUCCAGUAGCCGUGCGACCAGACUUUGUCGGUGUCAAAGUUCCUCAAUUCUCGUUCUCGCGACUUGCUGGCGCUGACCCGGUCAUGGGCGUGGAGAUGGCUUCAACCGGCGAGGUUGCAUCCUUCGGUCGAACCAAAUACGAGGCCUACAUGAAGGGCUUGAUUUCAACCGGAUUCAAGAUGCCCAAGAAGAACAUCCUCCUGUCUAUUGGCUCUUACAAGGACAAGGCUGAAAUGCUUCCUUCCGUGGAGAAGCUCUACCAGCUAGGAUUCAAGCUUUUUGCAACUGCAGGUACCGCUGACUUCUUGGAGGAGCACAACAUUCAAGUACAGUUCCUCGAAGCCCUCGGAAGCGAGGAUCAGAGAGAGGAGUACUCCUUGACGCACGCACUGGCAAACAACCUCAUCGAUCUGUACAUCAACUUGCCUUCAAGCAACAAGUUCAGGCGACCAGCCACGUACAUGAGCAAGGGUUACCGCACUCGUCGCAUGGCGGUCGACUUCCAGACGCCUCUCGUUACCAACGUCAAGAUUGCCAAGAUCCUCAUUGAGGGUAUCUCGCGGAACUACGAUUUCAACAUCACCGACGUCGAUUGUCAGACUUUUGUUGAGGAGAAGAUCGCAAAGUCAAUACCCGCUCCUCCACUCGCCCAGAUCAUGCCACCAGUGUCGGAGCCACUCCCCGAGCUCCUCAAGAGAUCGCCAUUCAAGGGCAAGGAUAUCGUGUCUGUCAAGCAGUUCUCCAGAGAUGAGUUGCACUUGCUCUUCACCGUUGCCGCCGAGAUGCGCCUUGGUGUUGAGCGUGAUGGAAGCCUUGAUAUCCUCAAGGGCCGUGUUCUAGCUCUCCUCUUCUUCGAGCCAUCUACUCGCACCUCAUGCUCGUUUGACGCAGCCAUGAAGCGCUUGGGAGGCCAAACCGUCGUCGUUAACGAGGCGCACUCAAGCACAAAGAAGGGCGAGUCUCUCGAGGACACUAUCCGCACACUCGAUCAGUACGUUGAUGGCAUUGUUCUCCGCCACCCCGACAAUGACAGCGCAGAGCUCGCCGCAGAGUACGCUGAUCACCCGGUCAUCAAUGCGGGCAACGGCUCGCGCGAGCACCCCACUCAAGCAUUCCUCGACUUGUUCACGAUUCGCGAGGAGCUUGGAACUGUCAACGGACUGACCAUCACCUUCACUGGUGACCUCAAGUAUGGCCGCACUGUCCACUCUCUCUGUGAGCUCCUCCGUCACUACAACGUCAACAUUCAGCUUGCCGGCCCAGCAGCACUCGCUCUGCCUGGCAAGGUCAAGGCCGCUCUCCAAGCCCGCGGUCAGCUGGGUCUAGAGUCCGAGAAGUUGACACCCGAGAUCAUUGCCAAUACUGACGUCCUCUACUGUACGCGUGUGCAAAAGGAGCGCUUCGAGGACUUGGAGGUCUAUGAGGCCCUCAAGGACGAUCUCAUUGUCAGCUCGAAGACGCUCAGGGACGCAAAGAAGAACAUGAUCGUCAUGCACCCGCUGCCGAGAAACAUGGAGUUGCUCAAGGAGGUCGACGAUGACCCGAGAGCAGCGUACUUCAGACAGAUGAAGUACGGCAUGUUCGUACGCAUGGCUCUGCUGGCGCUGGUCAUGGGCAACUAG